AUGGCCGGCCGGGAGAGGGAUUGGGACGAAAAUGCCCAAGGGUCCCCCGACCCCGAGACCCUCUACACCAAGGAGUACUGCAUUGGUGGCGGUAGCUUUGGCAAGGUCUACAAAGGUGUCGACAAGCGCACCGGCCAGGCGGUAGCUAUCAAGAUUAUCGAUAUUGAGAGCGCCGAGGACGAGGUCGAAGACAUUAUCCAAGAGAUCGCCAUUCUGUCCGAGCUGCAGUCCCCCUUCGUUACGAAAUACUACGGCUCCUACGCCAAAGGAGCGGAGUUAUGGAUCGUCAUGGAGUUCUGCUCCGGCGGGAGCUGCGCAGACCUCAUGAAGCCGGGCAAGAUCGAGGAGGAAUACAUUGCAAUCAUCGUGAGGGAGCUACUGCUGGGAUUAGACUACUUGCACUCGGACAAGAAGUUGCAUCGGGAUGUGAAGGCUGCCAAUGUGCUCCUGGGCUCUAAUGGCCAAGUCAAACUCGCAGAUUUCGGAGUCUCGGGCCAGCUCUCGGCAACCAUGACCAAAAAGAACACCUUUGUCGGCACGCCCUUCUGGAUGGCACCCGAGGUCAUUAAGCAGUCGGGCUACGACCACAGGGCGGAUGUGUGGUCACUCGGAAUUACAGCCCUCGAGCUCGCCAACGGAGAACCGCCCUACGCAGAUAUCCACCCCAUGAAGGUGCUCUUCCUCAUCCCCAAGAACGCCCCGCCAAGAUUAGACAAGGACAACUUCAGCAAGGCUUUCCAGGACUUCGUCGCGUGCUGCCUACAAAGAGACCCCAAGGACAGACCAACGGCGAGAGAUCUCUUGAAGCACCCCUUUGUGAGGAAGGCUAAAAAGACGAGCUACCUGACCGAGCUGAUCGAGAGACAUGUACGAUGGUCUGCUACCCACAAGAGCGCGGACGAUGACGACGCAUAUGACGAGGUUGGUGAGCCCGCAUAUCGUGAGCCAGUCAAUGAGGACAUGUGGGACUUUGGCACAGUGCGGCUGGUGGGCAACCAAGGAGGCAUAUUGCGGAAUCCCGGGUUGAAUGCCAUGGGCGAGUCGGCUACUAAUGCGCGGUCUUCGAGACCCCUCGAGAGUGAGUACGGAGAUUCGAGAAAGGAGACAACACCAACCAAGGCCCUUUUGGAACGAGAGCGAGAGACGUUCAAAUCGGGCGGGUCGACGUCCGGCACUGCACGGCAGGUAUCACCCCAGCGGAAGCCUGUGGCUGGAUCGACCUCUGGCCCACAGUCACCAACCAAGGUGCCCUUGCCUCCAUCUCCUGCGAAACCAACCACCAGACCGCAAGACCAGGGCCAAGCAACUCCAAGAGCCUCUCAGAUGAAGCCUCUUCCUCAAGCUGUCAACAAUUCUGCCGACUACGACAGGCCAUUACAUGAGCAGCUUCAACGGGACAUGGGGCACUUGAACCUGGGCUCGGCUAUCAACGCAGAACGACGUGUGUCUGGCCCAAGAAUGAUGCCUCAAUCAGCCAUGCAGCACCACCAGAUACAACGGCAGCCAUCCAAGCUUGGCCCUCUGACCUUGCCCGAGAUACCUCCCUUUAGGUCAAGCGAUCAACAGCACGGAGUACCGCCAUCGCCGCUGAUGCGGACCCCGAACCAACAACACCCUCUGCCGGUACAGCCGUCGCCGGCGAGACAGUUUUCCCCGUCUGUCGCACAGCACCCGCAACAGCCGCAAAACUAUUUCAAUCAACACCCGCAAACCCCUCGAUCUAUACAAACCCAGAAUAUCAACCCGCUGACCUCGAAGGAGGCGACUCGCGGGACACCGUCGUCGACGCACUCCUUCACGCCUGAGCCCCAAACGCCAACUCCGCUUUCGUUCCCCCCGCCCGCACCAGCCAACCCGAACGGCGACCUCGAUGCUCUGAAUGACGUCAUCUUCCCUGCCCUCGAGGAGAGCCUGAAGAGGCGUCAGAUCCGUUUGCAGCAGCUCUACCCUGGCCGGCCGAACAAUACCAGUAUUGGCAGCGGCAGCGGCGCGCCAACUCCCAAGCAGCAGAGAGCUGAGGCGUCGCACGAGAAGCUCCGCAAGCUGGUCUACAAGCUGGCGCACGUGUGCAAGGAGAUCGACCACUUCGACAAGGCGGAGCCCGUGGGCAUGGGCAAGGACGUCAGCACGUUCCUGGAGGGGCUGCUGGAGGAGAUAUUGGUGCGGGUUGAGCCGCUUGAUGAUGAGGAGGAAAUGUGA